GGCGGUGGCCGCGCCACGACGUGGGCGGCCGUACAGCGCCCCGCACCCUCGCGGGGAGGCGGAGCGGCUUCUCCCACGCCCCCCUCGCGUCUGGCCCGCACCAUGGCCGACCUCGCUGCGCGCGUCGACUACUUGGCGGGCUUCUGCUGCCCGCUCGGGGGCCUACCGGCGGGCAAGGCCCGCGUGCUGGGCCACGGGGUGGAGAUCUUCCUGUCCACCGGGAGGGAGCUGGUCUACGUCUACGAUCGCGAGGGGAGGCUGCUGACCGCGGUGUACAAGUUUCCUGGUCAGGUGUGGCACUUGGAGGCUCUGGCCCUGCGCAGGGCGCUCUACGUCCUGUGCGCCCGGACGGGCAUCUAUUGCUUGUCUUUGGACCAAGCGAGCAAGUCUGUGAACCAGAAUGGUGGGACUGAUGAAGAGAGGGAGCCCCCUUAUCCUGUGAUCCCCGUGGACCCAGACACCUGUGUCCUUCCUGACGCCACACUGUGUGCUUUCACUGUGCUGGACUCCGUGCUCGUCACACUGGCGCAGGGCCCCACCCAGUGGAAGGUGCAGCUGUUCGAGUGUCCCUGUCCAGGGGAGGACCCCAGGCCCAGAGGCCUCAUCGGUGAGGUGGAGUUGUCCACCUACACCCCCCAAGCUGGGAGCCCAGGGCAGCCUGGGGCCCCCCGCUUCCCCCCAGUCCUGUGCUGUGUGUCACCCCCAGGCUCUGGGGCCCUGCACGGACCCUUUCGGGGUCCUGGGGGCUUCACACUGGAGGGGGCCCUCUUUGGGCUACUCUUUGGAGCUGACCCCUCCCUCCUGGAAUCACCUGUGAUCGUCUGUGGUCUACCCGAUGGCCAGCUCUGCUCUGUGGUCCUGAAGACCCUGGUCACCUCUCAGUCAGCCCCUGGUGACCCGAAGGCCCUUGUCAAGAUCCUCCAUCACCUGGAGGAGCCCGUCAUCUUCAUCGGGGCCUUGAGGACAGAGCCACUGGCUGAGGAUGUGGAGGACCCGUACUCUGACUGCCUGGUGGCGCUUGGUCACCAUGGCCGGACACUGGCCAUCAAGGCCAGCUGUAACGAGGCAGGGAACCUGGUGCCAGAGCUCCGGGAGUACUGCCUGCCAGGGCCCGUGCUCUGUGCAGCAUGCUGCAGGGACGGCCGUGUAUACCACAGCACCCCCUCCAACCUCUGUGUGGUGGACCUGGCUCAGGGAGGUGCCCACAAGGACCCCAUGCAGCCCGACGGGGGCCCACGAGGCCUGCCCUCUCUGCUGUGUCCAGCCAGCUUAAGUGUCUGCAGUGUCGUCACUCUCUGUGUGUCAUCUAGCAUGGCUGAAGGUGGUGUUGAGCUCCUGGCGUUGUCUGCCAAAGGCCGCUUAAUGACCUGCAGCCUGGACCUGGGCUCUGAGACACCUCGCCCCACCAGAGUGACCGCAGCGAACGCUGGCCGCAAAAUUAAGGAGCUGCUCUGUGGAAUUGGCACGGUCUCCGAGAGAGUAUCUUCUCUGAAGAAGGCGGUUGACCAGCGGAACAGGGCCCUGACGUGUCUCAACGAAGCCAUGCAUGUGGGCUGUGCCCUGCUGUCCCCCCAGGAGGGCCCCCGGCCCAUCUCGUGCUCCAUCACCACCUCCUGGCUCCGCCUAGGGCUGCGUGACCUGCUCACCGCCAACUGCCUGCUGGACAACAGCAGUGGCUUCCGCCUGGACCGGGGCUGGACUUUGUGUAUCCAGGUGCUCUCCAGCCCCCACGCCUCAGAGCUGGACUCGGCCAGCCCGGCUGUGACCUAUACCAUGCCCAUGGACCGGCUCGGUCCCGGUGGUCGGCAGGAGGUGACACUAACCCUGGGCCCUGGCGAGGACGGCGUGCUCAACCUGCCCGUGACUGUGUCCUGCGCACUCUUCUACAACCUCAGGGAGGUUGUAGGCGGGGCCCUGGCCCCCUCUGACUCUUUCAAGGACACCUCCUUGGAUGAGUGCCCCCCAGACGUCCUGCCCGGGCAGGAGGGCAUCUGCCUGCCCCUGAGCGAGCACAUGGUGGACAUGCUGCACGGCCUGCGCUUCUCCGGCCUGUCCGUGCCCCAUACGCAGGCCCCCGGCCCUCUCGGCCCUGCCAGCCACCCUGUGAACACCUUCCUGGCAACUUGCCGCAGGCUAGACAGUGAGCAGGCAGAACCCACGUCCCUGCGGGCCAAGCACCUGCCCCCGGCAGUGGCUGCAAUCAGGGUGUCGGCAGAGCUGCUCAGGGCCGCCUUGGGGGACAGUUACUCAGGCGUGUCCCUGUGCUGUGCCACCCUUCAGUGGCUCCUCGCCGAGAAUGCCACCGCAGAUGUCGUGAGGGCUCAAGCACUGUCCUCUGUCCAGGGAGUGGCCCCAGAUGGCACUGACGUCCAACUCACCGUCCAUGAGCUGGCCGUGACCGACCUGUGCCCAGAGGGGCCCGUCCAGGCCGUGGAGAUCCAGGUGGAGAGCCCCUCUCUGGCCAACAUGUGCAUGGCCCACCACGCUGUCAUCAGACGCAUGCAGAGGAUGGUCCUGGAACAGGCUGCCCGGGGCUCCAACCCACCUGACGUCCGCAUGCAGUAUUUGCACCAGAUCCAAGCCAACCACGAGAUGCUGCUGCGAGAGGUGCAGACGCUGCGUGACCGACUGUGCACGGAGGACGAAGCCCGCUCCUGUGCCACGGCCGAGAGGCUCCUGCAGGUGCACAGGGAGCUCCGCAGCCCCAGCCUCCUGCUGCUGUGACACCAGCUGCCCACAGCCUCCGCUCUGUUGCUGCUGUGUGGUCUCCCACCCAGUGCGCUCAGGUUGAUUCAGCGAUGUCCCCUCCACUGAGAAGCCUGGCCCAGAGCAUGGGGUGCAGACCCCAGGGCAGGAGCGGUGUUGCCCCAGCGGCUUGCGAAGGUCAUGGAGAGACACGGCUCAGGCCAGGACUUGGGGGGGUUUGGAUCUGGCUGUUGCUGUUCCUGGAGGCACCUGCUCGGAGCGCCUCAGCCCUGCCUGCACUGCUGGGGUCACCAAGUGGGAGAUGUACCCUGUAGCCAAAGCACAAAGACAAAGGGGGUGCUCCUGGGUGACACUUGGGCUGGGGCUACAGCAUUUCCAGGGCCCUUCGGGGGUGGGCCCCACGGUGUUGGUCUUUUCCGUUUGCUGAGGUGACUCUUGGGUCUGAAGGCCCCUGCUGCCAUGACAACUGACCCUUUCUGUU